CAGUACCAGCAACUGUACAACUAGCAAUACAUUACUUUUGUAUUAGCUUAAAAAAAUGGACUUCUACGUUUUUUUUCUGUAAGUUUAGUGUUAUAAGUUGUGGUUAAUAUAACUUUGAUAUAGGUAUAUACAUGAGGUUUUCUGUAUUAGCCAUGUAAAAAGUACAAGCUAUUUCUUGGCUUAAAAAAUGGCAUACUCGCAUAACCCUGAUAUGUUUCGCUGGAAAAGAUUCACGAAGACUAAAAACCCCACUGCAAAUAAGGUGAGGCACAGUAAUGGGGAUAUUGACCAAUGGCUGAAGACAGUGGAAAUGGCCUCAGACUUUGCAUUGACUGAGGUGUUUUCCCUGAAGAAGCCCCAUUCAGGGAUAAGCAGCCAGACGAUGGCACUAAAAAAUACAGAGCAGCUGCUGGAUCAUGACGAAGCAUACGGGGAAGCUCAGGCUCUUCUUAGUGAGUGGAUGAACAGCAAGUUGCGUCUGGAACUGGAGAUGGAGGAGGAUGUGAUUGUCUCCCCUGAGAAGAACAGUCCAGCAGCCAUGGCACCUGCCCAGCCUGUCUCCCUGGACUACAGUAACUUUGAUGACCUUUAUUCCCACUUGGCUGAGGAGGAGGAGAGCUCAGUGGUCAACAACUUCCUUCAAGACCUCAUGGAGUGGGAAGUGGUGGAUUCUGGGAUAGUGCAGGAUCUGGCACUAGACUCAGAAGAGCGAGACAGGAUGAAGAGAAGGGGGAUGGGCCUCACCAUGGAGGCGCGUCAACGACAGGUACGUGAGAACCGUGCAAUGCGGGAUGCGGAGCGGGAGAGGCUGCACAGCGAAAGGGAGGCGCGGAGGCAGGCCAGGGAGGAGGUCCGUAGAAGGGAGCAGGAGGGGGAGAGGCGGAGGAGGCAGGAGGCGCGCAGACAGGAGGAAAUGGUGCAGCAGGAGAUGGUGCGACUGCGCCGCGAGAUGGAGGAGAGGAGGAACCUGGAGCAGCUAACCAGGGAGAGGGUUGCCAGGAAGACUGCAGCUAAUAAGAGCUCUCUGGCGCUCCAGCCAGGCCCCUCACUCUCUACUACACAGAAACAACAGGACAGAGAGAGACCAGAGUCACACAGACUACAGCAGGCAGAGGCCAGGACUCCGAUGCUCAACCUGCAGUGUCUGCAGAGGCACUUCUCUGGCUGGUACUGUGUGCUGUUGGAGAGGAGGGUGCGGAUGGGCAAGGCUGCGGCGCUCUGUGAUUGGAAGAGGGAGCUGAGGGCGUGGCGAGCCUGGCGGGCGCUGGUAUGGGCGGGGAGAGAGCAGAGGGAGGUGGAGAGAACAGAGGAGGAGCUACAAAUCCAGAACAGACGCUGCCAGGUGGCGAUGGAGAGUGACCGGAGGCGUAUGCUAAGGCGAUGCCUGAGUGAUUGGCGGUUGUGGUGUCGGGCGGCGAGAGGACGCCGGGAGCUGUUUGCACAGCAGGAAGAAACACGGUACAAGAUGGCCUCACCGAUCAAUGCUGCGGCAACUGGGAAACUCAAGGCUCCUGAGACACCUGCUCCUGAGCAAAUUACAGCCCUUCCUGAGACUUUUGACCAAUCACAGACCACAGAACUGAAAGGUCAGGUGGAGUCACGACCUGCUGGCCCUGCCCCAUCUCCUGCCUGUCAAGGUAACGGACAGCUGGGGGCUGUGGUCCAGCCCACCCUUCCCUGGCAGGUGACACGGCGUCACGCGGCUCUGAGUGGAGAUGAGCUGAGGCGAGCACGGCAGAGGGGUGAGGAAGGUGGGGACGGCAGUGUAGGUGCUGUCCCCCGUUCUCGUAGUGCAGAGUUGCGUGGAGGGCGGUUUGAGCGUCGCCACGCCAGCCAGCAGCAGACCAUCACAGAGCAGAGGAGGCUCCUCCGGGAACAGCAGGAGCAGAUCGCACGCCUGCAGGAGGGUAAGGGCAUGAUGGGAUUGAAGCAGGAGGCACAGAUUGCUCAGUUUGCUGUCCCAGCAGCCCAAGGGCCCAGAGGGAUGAUCUCUGACCACAAAGAACCCAGACACAAUGUCAUGAAGCAGUGGGGCUUGGUUGGGUUGUGUUUUGGGAGACUCGACCUUCGCCUCUCCCGAGUUCGUACGGGAGUUGCAGCGAUGAGACAAGACUGUAACUACUACCAAUUGGAUACCAUGAAAUUGGGGGGGGGGGAAAGGGGUAAAAAUGGAUGUGAUGUUCUGUGUUCCAGGGCUGGGAGUGUCUCUCAGGGGAACGAUGGCCGCUCCUCGGCCUCCAGGAAACUAGCCGUCCGUCUGCCAUGUUGUCAUCCCACUGUCAUGGCCAUGGAGGAACGUGCUCGUCAGCGAGCGGAGCGCAGGAGGGAGGUGGAGGAGCUGAAGACAAAGAAGGAAGAGGAGAGAAUAGCCCAGCUGAAAGCAGCAGAGGAGGAGAGGCAGAGGGAGGAGGAGGAACAGAAACGUAGAGCAGCUGAAAGGAGAAGGGAGGAGAAGAGACAAGAGAGAGAGAGGGAGCAGGGGAACCAGAGGAGGUUUGAGCGAGAGCAGCAGCUCCAGACCCAGGCCCAGCAACACUACCAUAAAACUCUGUUACUACGGCGAGGCCUGGCGCCAUGGAAACGCAGAGUCGCCAUGAGCCAAGCCAACACUCAGCUGGCCAGGGCUCAUCACAGGCAGUCUCUCCUGAAACGGUGCAUCCUGUCCUGGCAGCAGGUAACAGGCGAGUCCCUGGCUCAGAAACGGGCCUCUGCCAAACAACUGCAUCAACACAUCCUGCUACGGAGGAGCCUGGGCAACUGGAAAAGGCUGAAGGACCACCGCAUGGUUCUAGAGGGGCGGGCCGACCGGUUCUGGCGCAUGCACACUCUGAGGAGGGCUCUGAUCGCGUUACUAGAUCACGUGACCCAGGAGAGGAUGGGGGAGUGGGACCGGGAGCAGCAGGCUCAGGGACACAGUGAUAGGCGGGCGGUGCGGAGUUGUUUCCAGGCCUGGAGACAGUAUCCAGGGUGGCUGCGUGAGGAGAGAGAGAGGGAAACCAGGAGGGAGAAGCUGAGACGCAGAGUGGCAGAGGUCCUACCUGACUUCCGCUCCUCUCCUCUGAACUUUCAAUGGGGACAAGCCCUGCUGUGACUCACAGGACACACACAGGCAGACAGACGGAAUACUUCAAUACACGAUGAUCCAGCAGAUGGGAGCCAAUAAAUGUGGCUUGUUGCUGGUGUAACAAGUACACACACAGGCUGUUUGUCAUCCUUAAUGGCCAGAGAAAGCUGGAUAUAACUUUUAAUGAAGACCGUUUGGAAAACUUUUGUAACACCAAUGACUCGUUAAAAACUGAAGCGUAUGUUCAGGUUAUUGAAUUUGUUUUAUUUUGUGUAUCAUUGAAGUCACAGUUUGAUGUAAUUUGACAGAAGCUUGAAGGCAUCAAUAAGGAUAAAAAAGCAUAUCACCAGAA